CAUCUGAUCUCUCAGGAUGCCUGGUUUCAGGUGAAGGAAGUGGAUAUUGGCCUAGCAGCUGACGUUGGCACUCUGCAGCGCCUACCUAAAGUCAUUGGGAGCCGCAGCCUGGUGAAUGAGUUGGCUCUGACAGUGAAGAAGAUGUACGCUGAUGAGGCCAAGGAAAGUGGAUUAGUCAGCUGCGUAUUUCCGGACAAGGAGGCGAUGAUGGCUGGAGCUCUGGAGAUGGCAGGGGAGAUAGCAGGCCGCAGCCCUGUGGCUGUCCAGGGAACCAAGGUCAACCUGAUCUACUCCAGAGACCACAGUGUGGCAGAGGGCCUGAACUACAUGGCAACAUGGAACAUGAGCAUGCUGCAGACGGAGGAUGUCAUGAAGUCAGCUGAGGCCUCCAUGGACAAGAAGAGUCCUAAAACAAUAACUUUUUCCAGGCUCUGAAGCUGAGCUGCAGAAAGAGGCCGGAGUUCAACUUUUCUUAGCCGAUGGAAAGUCAGGGGGAGAAGGGGAAUGGAUGGAGGGGUGGUGUAGAAAGUUAAAUUAAAGGAAUUCCUUUAUCUACUUAACCAGAGUCAAAUGAACUAGUGUUACCAUUGUUAUGUCUCUGCGUCCAGUAUACUGGAAGUUAGAUGUAGUUUGGGGCGUUUGAUAAAGGGGCAUUGCCAAAAUGAUCAACUAUCAAUUUAUAAACAAAUGUAAAAAU